UGUAUUUUACAGUAGAUGUCACGUUGUAAUUGGCUACGGCCGGGAACCACUGGGGAACUAGGCUACUCUCUAGGCUUCCCGCAUCAACAAUUUAAGGGCUUUCCAAAAGCAUUCUUCCACUUUCGGUGAAUCUGACUCACUUCACGUGCAACUAACGAAGCAAUAUAUUAUAUGGUACAACGUGAGAAACCAUGAGCUUCAGUCAACAUUCACCAGCUGAGAAUGAAGACUUUUCUCAUUCUCUUAUGCCUGCACUCUGAAGCAGUCUCUGUCAACGUCGUAGCUAGAGGAGACACCAGGGUUGACUUCAAUGCCGACGCAUCAUAUACCUGCACCCAUGCGGACUCGACAGGUGUGCUGCAAGUCACCUGGCAGAGGCUGUUCAAAGACGACUCGGUGGAGAAUCUGGCCACAUACAGCAAGCGGUUUGGAGCUCAAAUCAUAGACCCGCACCGAGGCAAGGUGGUUUUCACGGAGGCAUCUCUCAACUCGACGUCUAUUACGGUGAAGAAUGUAACAUGGUCGGACGAAGCCUGCUAUAUUUGUUCCUUCAAUGUUUACCCGAGUGGAUCAAGACGCAAGCAGACUUGUCUUACCGUUCAAG